AUGGACAUUGAUCCUCAGUUGCACCGCGACGGGGACACCCAACGGCCUCCAUACAUGCCGACCCGACCGACUCCCAUAAGUCCGGAUUACCCGGAACCACCAGCCCACCACCCGCUCGACCCGUAUGCAAGCCAUAAUUCCGUGGAGGGGAUGCAAGCCCAAGCGGGGCCAUUGACCGGUGCCGAGCACGCCAACCCAUCCCCCGAUGCCGAGCACGAAGCCAAACGCUCGCGCGCGUGCGAGCCCUGCCGACAACUCAAAGUUCGCUGUGACCCUGAUCCAGACCAUCCGGAGGGCUCGUGUAAGCGAUGUGCCAAGGCACGCCGUACAUGUAUAGUCACGGCGCCAACGCGCAAGCGCCAGAAAAAGACCGACAACCGAGUCGCGGAGCUGGAGCGCAAGAUUGAUGCGCUGACAGCGACAUUGCAAACUUCACAUUCUGCCGGUGCGCUCUUUUCUGGGCCUUCCCCGCGAGAGGAGCCUGCGCGGGGAUGGAGUAGUGAAUCAAAGAUCGCUGGCAGUAAGCGACAGGCUAGCGGCGAGGUCAAGAAGCCAAGUGAGAUGCUGGCGCCGCGAUAUUCUCGCCCUGGUAGUCCAUCUGCAGAGCAAAUCCCUACGGCGUCGAAGCAAUGGCGUAGGCCCGUUGCCGACGGGCCUGUAGGUGGCGCAGGUCCAUCGGCGAAGCCAGGGACUGAUAACGAGUUUACCGAUAUGAUAGACCGGGAUAUCAUCGAUUACAGCACUGCCAACUUGGCUUUUGAUCGGUAUAUCUACCAAAUGGCUCCUGAGAUGCCUUUUGUGGUCUUCCCGCCGGGCACGACGAUGGGUGAAGUUCGGCGCAACAAGCCGUUCUUGUUUCUUGCCAUUAUCGCUGUUUCAGUCAGCGUGUUUAACCCAGAAGCGCAACCUAUUUUGGUGAACGAACUUUACAAAUUAAUAGCCGAGAAGGUCAUUGUGAAAGGUCACAAGUCAUUGGAGCUAGUACAGACUAUCAUGGUCUGUGCAAUCUGGUAUAUGCCACCGGACAGUUUCGAGGAGCUCAAGUUCUACUCCCUGACGCACAUGGCGGCAGUAUUGGCAAUGGAGCUGGGACUCAACCGUCGUCCAUCCGAAAAUAAGCGAACUCUCAACAUGAUUCGAGAGUUGAUCAUCAAAAAGCCCAGUGGCCCUGCGUUUGAUCCGGAGGGGCCCGAAGCAAGGCGAACUUGGGUUGGAUGCUACUUCCUGGCUGCGCAGAUGGCAGCCGCUCUCAGACGAGUGCACCUGAUUACCUGGCAGCCAUAUAUGGACGAAUGUCUUGAGAUUUUGGCCACACACCCGGAUGCUCUCCCCUCGGACCGUAAACUCAAAUGGUGGGCAAAGCUAGGACUGAUAAUGGAAGAUGCUGGGAAGCACUUCUCUGCUGAGGACCCCGGCUCGGUUGCUACAUUUGCAAGUAGCAAGGUUUAUUACGACAUGAAGAUGUUUGAAGACCGCCUUGCGACAUGGAGGACAGCUAUCCCACAGGAUAUCUACAACGCACCCAUGAUUCAGACCGAACAUGUCUUAAAUCUGUUUAUUCACGAAUCUGCCUUCAGUGUGAACUUCAAUGCUGGGGAUGAUUCGCCAUCACGUGAAAACAUAAACGGUGCAUCUAUUGCGGCGAUUAAUGAUGCUUUGAACAUAGCCGUCCGUUGCAUUCACCAAAGUAUCGAUAUCAUUUGUACCAUCGAUCCCGAACGGCUCAUAUCCCUGCCGACUACAUGUUUAGCUCGAACCCCGUACCCUGUUGUGUGCUUGAUCAAGAUGUACUCGCUUUUUAUGACACCAGACACCCGCAUUGGCCAGAUCAUUGAUUUGCAAAGUCUCAAGCUUGACUACUACUUGGACAAAGUGAUUGCCCACUAUCGCUCUGCCGCCGGGCGAAAUGGUGGUCGUGCAGCCGCAAAGUUUGGCAACAUCAUGGUCAUGCUGCGCAACUGGUUCAUCAAGAAACGAGACCAGGGAGACCAAGGCCAAGAACUCAAAGAGGCCUUCUCGAUACAUAAAGCAUCAGAUCGCACAUCAAGUACCCCACGGCAGCAUACCCCCUCGACCUCUGCAAGCCAACCAACGCAAAUCUCACAGUGCAUGACGCCGCUGCAUUUCCUCAGCGAGGUAGCCAUGGGCGACCCGGGAUCUCGAUCAGGCAACCAUAUCGCGGCUCGUCAGAUGUCUGCACAAGGACAUCCAGCAACACAAAGCCCUGGGUCUUCAAGCUACGGCGAUCCCUCGUUGUCUAGCCUGUCGGCGGCAACAAAGCAAAGCCCUCAGACCAGCUGGUCGUCUGGCCCGUCAUACCCUAGCACACUUCCUGGUCCAGAUCAAUCCCAGAUAGACUCACGGGGCUACUAUCAGCCCUUCGCGGAUAGUUCACAAAGCUACUCGGAUAUACAUUCUGUUGCAGCGCCAACGCAGCCAGGAUACCCCGACAUCUCUGGCGGCAAUGGUUUGCAACUCGCGCCGCCGAUGGGGAUGACGCCCGGCAUUGGCGUUGAUUAUACUGUUGGGGACCCCUGGAUCACGCUGGGGAGCAUGGCAGACGAGGGACUUUUCACGUUCCCGCUCUCGUUUGACCCAAACCUUGGAUUGUUUUGA